AAAAAUGUCAUCGCCAUCAUCUUCACCGUUAUCUUUCUCUGCCUCGUCUUCUACUACGGCAUCAUUUGCUACCCCUUACUCUAUCGCGAUGAGAAGAAAUAUCGGUUUAUGGACGUAUCGUCAACCAUUACCGCCGCCACAUCACGAUCCAUUCAGUUCAUAGAGAACUAUCCCAACCAAAAGCACCAUCAUACGUUGGCCUGAUUCGAGGUGUGGACACCCG